UCAGACAGCAGAAGGAAAAGUAAAGAAGCAGCCAGUUUAUUCACUGAGAUCACCAUGGGUGACACACAGGAAGAUUUGUUGAAAGUGAAUCUCGAUUGGCUUCAGUGUCACUUCACGUGGACUCCACAGGAAGAAACCAUUGACCUGGAUGAUAUGAAACACAGAUUAGAAGAUUCAAUCCUGCUUGGUGUGAAAUAUCAAGCCAGGUCUUACAACCAUCUCGCCUUUAUAAACUGUCUGCAAGGAAACUGUGAAGAGGCAAUUCAGAAUUUAAAGGAAGCUGAAAGGAUUCUGAGGGAGAGACAUGAUGAUGAAUUUGAGAAGAGAAUCUUGGUCACCUAUGGAAACUAUGCCUGGGUUUAUUAUCACAUGGACCGACUGGAGGAGGCUCAGUCCUACCUCGACAAGCUGGAGACCGUCUGUAAACUAUUUCCUGAAGCCUCUCGGUUUACAGCAAUGAUACCUGAGGUUUACGGGGAGAAGGGCUGGUCACUGUUGAGUACAGCCCCUCAACAUUAUGAAGAGGCAAAGGAAUGUUUUACAAAGGCUCUGGAGGAAGAUCCUGACAACAUUGAGUGGAAUGUUGGUUAUGCCACUGUAAUGUCCCGUCUGGAAUGGUUUUCUGCUACCCCAGAGAGUCAUGAACCCAUUGAUUCAAUAAAACAGUUUAGGCGUGUGCUGGAGCUAGAUCCUGAUCAUGCUGAAGCCAUGGUGCUGUUAGCUUUAAAACUACAGGAAUUCAAUCAAGAGGAGGAAGCAUCCACAUUAGUUGAGCGAGCAUUGCAGAAGUCCCCUGGUCAUCCAUAUGUACUUCGUUAUGCAGCAAAGUUUUACAGGAAAGAAGGAGAUGUAGAAAAUGCUGUCAAGCUGUUAGAGAAAGCAUUAAAAAUUACACCAAACUCAUCAUUUUUAUACUAUCAAAUAGGUCAGUGUUACAAUGACAAACUACAAGCUCUGGGCACAGACCGAUGCAGCAACGGGCCUGAUGAUCCUGCUUCUCAAGAGAAGGCCACUUUGAUUGAACAAUGCAGACACUACUUCAGUGAAGCAGUUGCGCUCAAAUCAUCGUUUACAGCAGCAAAGCUGAAACUUGCAGACAUCCUCAUCAUAAAUGAAGAAAUUCAUGAGGCUGAAACGAUCUACAGUGACCUACUGGAAUUGGAAUCUGGUUAUCCAGAAGAUAAGCAGUAUAUCACUUACAAGGCUGGGAAAUUUGAACUAUAUCAGAAAAGAUCGGAACCGAAUGCCGUCACACAUUUCCUGGAAGGAUUUUCUAUCAAAAGAAACUCAAAGCAACAAAAACUCUGCCGCACCAACUUGGAAAAGAUCGCAAACAGACGACUUCGAAAUAACCCAGGCGACAUAAAGGCUUUGUGCAUUCUUGGGGCCAUGUACCUUCUAGAUGGGGAGGCGCCUGGAAUUACGAAAUGCUUUGUGAAGCUCAAACUACAAGAGCUUUUCAAUCAAGGAUAA